AUGAGCGUAACUCCGAGAGCUGCCCCCGCACUCCGCUUCCUUUCUCCAACCUCUCUUUCGCCGCCCUUCUCGAUCAUCUCACCCGUUUCACCCCCUCCGGUGAUGGCUUUUCCCAAGGCCAGAAACCCUCUGGCCUUUACGCCGUGGCCGGUGACCAUCAUCACCACCGCAGUGUACCUCGCCCUGAUCAUCCCCAUCCUCGUUAUCCACCUCAACGUCCCGGCCGCGCCUCAAGCCAGCCCCGAGGGCUUGAACCUCAGUGAGGCGUGGCAAGACCUCCAGACGCUUACCGAAGGUUACCACCCCUACAACUCGCAUAAAAACGAUGAAGUUCGCGCGUGGCUACUCGAGCGCAUCGAUGCGAUUCAGCAGUCCGCUCCGCCCGCCGAAGCUUAUCAAACGGAUGAGGAAAAGCCGGAGGUCUUUGUCUUCGAUGAUCUCACGUCGAACCUGACAUUUUUGGACCAACGGAGCGGCGUCUACUUCGAGGGCACCAAUAUUUUGGUUUACAUUCGCGGCUGGGAAGAUAAGAAGGGGAAUUGGUGGGAGACGCCCGGGAGGCCGCCCGCUGGCAAGGGUGGAGUCCUGGUCAACGCGCACUACGACAGUGUCUCGACCGGAUAUGGGGCUACGGAUGACGGCGUCGGCGUCGUGACGUGUCUCCAGCUCAUCAAAUACUUCCUCACACCGGGCCACGCGCCGCGCCGCGGGCUGGUGGUCCUGUUCAACAAUGGCGAAGAGGACUACUUGAACGGUGCCCGCGCGUACAGCCAGCACCCGAUGGCGAAGUUUGCCCACACGUUCCUCAAUCUGGAAGGUGCCGGCGCUGGCGGCAGGGCUACCUUAUUCCGCAGCUCGGACACCGAGGUCACACAGGCGUACGCGAAGUCGAAGUACCCCUUCGGGUCUGUUGUCAGCGCAAAUGGGUUCGAGCUUGUCGGUAGCCAGACUGACUAUGUUGUUUUCGACGGCAUUCUGGGAUUGCGUGGGUUGGAUGUUGCCUUUUUUGAGCCGCGGGCUCGGUAUCAUACCGAUCAGGAUGAUGCGCGGCAUACCAGCAUGGACUCUCUGUGGCAUAUGCUCUCUGCGGCUGUCGCGACCACCGAGGACCUUGUCUCUGAUGACACUGACCGCUUUGAUGGUCGUAUUCGAGAUGAUGGCAACGUACCCAGCGGCACGGGUACAAAGGCUGUUUGGUUCGAUCUUUUCGGCACUGCGUUUGCCGUGUUCCGUCUCCAUACUCUCUUCGCUCUGUCAGUUACCUUGCUGAUCGUGGCACCUUUGACUCUGCUCGUGACCAGCAUUGCUCUUUCGCAUGCAGAUAAGAUGUAUUUGUUCCGGUCAUCAGAAUAUUUGGAGACAAGUGACGAGAAGAUUCCGCUCCAAGGGCUCCGGGGUUUCUUCCGGUUUCCAUUUCUGAUUGUGAUACCUACCGCUGUCAUCGUUGGGUUUGCCUAUAUGCUGGCAAAGAUCAACCCGUACAUUGUGCACAGCAGUACCUACGCCGUAUGGAGCAUGAUGAUAUCCGCCUGGAUCUUCUUGGCCUGGUUUGUAUCCUGCGUCGCUGACUUUGCACGGCCGUCAGCGUUCCACCGAGUCUACACCUGGACUUGGAUAUUUGUUAUCACUUGGGCCCUGCUGGUCAUUGCGGCCGUCUACGAGAAUGAACAUGGAUUGGGCGGUGGUUAUUUCACGCUCUUCUACUUUGCCAGUGUCUUUUUGGCAACGUGGAUCUCCUAUCUUGAACUAUUUCGUCUCCCGAGGAAGUCGGAAUACCUCAGUCAAUUCGCUCAAGGCUGCUCUCGCCGACCCAGCAGCUACGGCAGUCGACUUGGCACAAGCGAUGAAAGCCAAGACGAUCAAGCAACCGAGGAGGAGCCGACCGAGUCAACAUCUCUGCUGCGUGGUCAACAACGUACAACAUUCGCAAACUAUGUCAAUGUUCCUGGCAACUACACAACAAAUCAGGAAAUCGACGAAGACGAAGCGCAAGAUCCAAAUGUGUAUGGAAAUGAGCAAGCGUGGAGUGCAUCGAUGCCCAGCUGGACCUGGGUUUUCCAGCUGCUUCUCACCGUUCCCAUCAAUGUUAUCAUGCUGGCCCCUCUUGGUCUCAUUAUGUCGAGCGCUCUUUACCAAACAGGCCAGGACGGCGAUUCCACGCUGGUCGUGUACCUGCUCAUCGCGCUUUUCACGACACUUCUUUUCAUGCCCAUGUUGCCCUACAUUCACCGCUAUACCUACCACAUCCCGGUCUUCCUGUUCUUAAUCCUCAUCGGCACUCUCAUCUACAACCUGGUUGCCUUCCCCUUCUCUGACUCUAAUCGCCUGAAGCUAUACUUCUCGCAGGUAGUCGACCUAGACCGAGGGAACUCCACGGCCUAUCUAGCCGGUGUACCGCCAUUUGUCGAAGAUGUUGUCCGCGGCCUGCCCAACGCAGGAGGCAACACAGACUGCCACGUUUACGUGAGGCACGGGGAGCUUUCGCAAUGUUCCUGGCCUGGUGCAGAACCACACGUUGUCCCUAGCAACAACGCUUCUGCCCCAUCACCAGGUCCGUCUGUGGAUUGGGUCUCGUUCAGCAUCUCCCACCCCGAGAGCAGUGCUCGCGCCACCCGCUUCGAAAUUUCGGGUCAGAACACCCGCGCCUGUCGCAUCACGAUGGAUCGCAACCCUAUCAGAAAUUUCAGUGUCGCCGGCUCCUCCGCACCCGACAAGCGCUUUAUCCAUCCAUCCCCCGAUGGCAUGCAUGAGAUCCGUCUCUGGAGUCGUACCUGGGAUGGCUCCUGGACGGUGGAUGUCAACUUUAACGAACAUGACUCCUCGCUUGAAAAGGAGGGCUCUAUCAAGGGUCGAGUCUCCUGUCUCUGGAGCGACGACAACAACCCUGAUCUCAUCCCGGCUCUUGGCGAAGUUAGACAGUAUGCUCCGGCUUGGGUAGCUAUCACCAAAUUGGCUGAUGGAUUGGUCGAGGGAUACCGGGAGUUCGAGCUUGUGCAGGGUGAAUCCGGCGGUUGGGAGCAGAAGACAGACAAGUGA